CCAGUACUCACCUCCCAAGUACCCAGUCCCGUGUCUCCCUUCGUUCCUCGUUCUGAGCCCGCCGCGGAGCGCCAUGCCACGCGAGCGGGAGCUAGAAGGCUCGGUCCGUGAUUGCGAUGCACUGGAGACCUUGACCGACAAGCUGAGGAGCGGCGAGUUCUCCGAGGCGAUCUCCGCCGCGCAGCGGGCGUCCGAGCAGGGUCCGCUCUGCGUGCGGGCGGACGGCGGCGUGAAGCGGGCGGAUCCCUACGUGGCCUUCGCAGGUGUGGAAGCCCCGGUGCAAGUGGAUGAGGAAGAUGAACUCACGCGACUGAGAAGGGAGCGGAAAGCCCAGUUGCAGAAAGAGCAGAUCUGGAAGAAACAAGGUCAUGGCGCCUUGCGAGAACUCGCAGACGAGAAGGAGUUCGUCCAAAGCAUUGCCCCGCAUGAGCGGGCAGUGAUGCUCUUAGAUGAUGGUGGCAGCGCGGCAGGCGAGGUCUGUCGGAAGGUUUUGGGUCGUUUGGCUUCAAAGCAUUUGGAGGCGCAAUUUUGUUGGCUGUCCGCGGAAAAGGCCUUUUUUCUCACCCAGAUGAUCGACCUCCAGGCGUUCCCCACAGUCUUUGUGUUGAGCUAUGGUGAGGUCACGCGACAUCUGCCGCCUUCGCAGCUCUUCUGCUAUUCUUCUGCCUCCUCCCCCUUGUUUCCCAAGCACUUCCGCAGCCUCUUGCACCGCAGCGGGGCCAUUGAGCAUGCGGAGGACAGUGAGAGUGGCAGUGAUGCCGGUGAGUCUGAUUGAAGAGGAGCCGCCUGAUCCAGUUAUCAUCAGUUAUCCAAUUUUGAUGCUUUGAAGCGAAAUCUCUGGCACUGCACGCAGCUGUCCGGUGCCUUUGCGAGACCUGGCACGACUCGACUCGCAUCAGCAAAA